CGGGCUGCCGACGGACUUCGCCGAGCUGCUCCGGACCGAGCCGAGAGCCUCCGCCGCCUCUUCGCUUCUCCCGCAACGCUCUCCCCGCAGUGCAGACCCUCUCUGAACCCCGGAGCUGCUGCAGAGAGCGAGAGGGUCAGUCCAAGCCGUGCGCCUCGCAGGGGGGCGAUAGGACCUUGGAAGACAAAGAAUAUUGAGGAUCACAUCCAAAGAUGUCCAUGGAAGUCAGCUUUGCUUUGCUUCUGUUUGUGCUGCUUCCCUUACACGGAGCAGCAUCCUCAUCCUGUCCUGAUUUGGACCCACAACUGAAACCCUGGAGUCCUGGGCACGAUGAAGAUAAUUUGGUCAACAUCAGCCUUGGCCAAGCGCUCCUGUUGUCUUCUUCUGCAACUGUCCAUUCCAUCCUUAUCACCAACGGAGGAAAGCUGGUAAUUAAAGACAAAACAGGGCCCAUUGUUUUGCGCACCCGACACAUUCAGAUAGAAAACGGCGGAGAGAUGCAUGUUGGGAGUGAGAGAUGUCCUUUCCAAAGCCACCUGACAAUCAUCUUGUAUGGACGUGCUGAUGACGCGGUCCAACCAGAUAGUUAUUUUGGGCGGAAGUACAUCGGGGUUGGCAGCGGCGGGACUCUAGAGGUCCAUGGUGAGAAGAAACUCUCCUGGACAUUCCUCAACAAGACCUUGAAUCCCGGCGGCUUGCAGGAAGGCGGCUACUACUUUGAGCGAAGCUGGGGGCAUCGCGGCAUCAUCGUCCAUGUAAUUGACCCAAAGACGGGAUCGGUUGUCCACUCUGAUAGAUUUGAUACCUAUAAAAUCAAAGGUGAAAGCCUCCGCCUCGUCCGGUACUUGAAUGCAAUCGAUGACGGCAUGAUCUUGUCGGUUGCGGUGAACGACGAAGGAUCCCGGAGCUUGGAUGAUUCGGCUCGGAAAGCGAUGACCAAGCUGGGCAGCAAGCAUUUCCUUCACCUCGGUUUUAGACAUCCCUGGAGUUUUAUUACCAUAAAAGGAACACCUUCUUCUUCGGUUGAAGACCACAUAGAAUACCAAGGAUACAGGGGGUCUGCUGUCGCCAAGGUAUUCAAACUAUUUCAGGCUGACAAUGGAGAAUAUUUUAAUGUGUCUUCGACGAGUGAGUGGGUUCAAGAUGUGGAGUGGACAGGAUGGCUUGAGAAGCCAGAAAAGGCAAAAUCCAAAGGCGGAGAAAGACUUCUGGACUUCAAAGCGGCUCACCCAGAAGUCUGUGAUCAUCCUGUUGAUAUCCAGGCGGUCACAUUGGAUGGAGCCAAGUUAACAACUGAGGUUCUCUACAAAGGAGGCCGUGAUUAUAGGUUUUUCUGCCGCGGCCCGGAACAGAGCGGCAUGAGCUGCCAAAACUACAGAGUGCGUUUUUUAUGUGGUAAAAAUGUGAGACCCAAGCUUACCGUUACCAUUGACACAAAUGUGAACAGCACCAUUUUAAGAUUAGCGGACGAUGCGAGGUCAUGGAAAGUCAGAGACAGAAUUGUCGUGGCCAGCACGGAUUAUUCCAUGUACCAAGCUGAAGAAUUCCAGAUUUUGCCUUGCAGGGCCUGCAGGCCCAAUGAAGUCAAAGUAGCAGGGAAAGCGACCUACCUUCACACGGGAGAGGAAAUCGACGGGGUGGACAUGAGGGCUGAAGUCGGCCUGCUGAGCCACAACAUUGUGGUGAUGGGAGAGAUGGAGGAGAAUUGCUACGAUUAUAAUAGCGGCCUCUGUUCCUUCUUUGAUUUCGACACCUUUGGGGGACAUGUCAAGGUUGCCCUUGGAUUUAAAGCAGUCCACAUGGAAGGGGUGGAGCUGAAACACAUGGGCCAGCAGUCGCUGGGGCACUACCCAAUCCACUUCCACAUGGCUGGAGACGUGGAUGAGAAGGGAGGCUACGACCCACCCACCUAUGUCAAAGACCUUGCUAUCCACCACGCCUUCUCUCGUUGCGUGACAGUCCAUGGUUCCAACGGUUUACUGGUUAAGGAUGUUGUUGGCUAUGAUACUCUGGGACACUGCUUCUUUACGGAAGAUGGGCCUGAAAUACGCAACACGUUUGAUCACUGCCUCGGACUGGUGGUGAAACCGAGCACGUUGCUACCGUCCGAUCGGGACACAAGAAUGUGCAAGUCUAUUACCGAGGGAGCAUACCCGGGAUAUGUCCCCAAACCUAGACAAGACUGCAAUGCCGUGUCUACCUUCUGGUUGGCCAACCCGCACAACAACCUUAUAAACUGUGCAGCUGCGGGCUCUGAAGAAACUGGAUUUUGGUUUGUUCUGCAUCACGUGCCAACUGGUCUGUCGGCGGGAAUGUACGCCCCUGGAUACUCGGAGCACCUUCCGAUGGGAACGUUCUAUAACAAUCGGGCCCAUUCCAACUAUAGGGCUGGAAUGAUAAUUGAUAAUGGCGUGAAAACUACACCAGCUUCAGCGAAAGACAAACGACCCCUCUUGACCUUGAUUGCUGGGAGGUACAGCCCGCAUCAGGAUGCUGACCCGUUGAAGCCAAGGGAACCGGCCAUCAUUCAACGCUUUAUUGCUUACAAGAACCAAGAUCACGGAGCCUGGCUGAGAGGGGGUGACGUGUGGCUGGACGACUGCCAGUUUGCCGACAAUGGCAUUGGACUCACUUUGGCUAGCGGUGGAACCUUCCCACAUGACGAUGGUUCAAAACAAGAAGUAAAGAACAGCCUGUUUGUAGGCGAAAGUGGGAAUACCGGGACUGAAACCAUAGACAAUAACGUCUGGGGGCCCGGGGGCCUGGACCACAGUGGGCGGACUCUUCCAAUCGGACAGAAUUUCCCAAUCAGAGGGAUUCAGUUCUAUGACGGACCGAUCAAUGUCCAAAACUGCACCUUCCGGAAAUUUGCAGCGCUCGAGGGUCGCCACACCAGUGCUUUGGCAUUCCGGCUGAACAAUGCUUGGCAAAGCUGCCCAAAUAACAACGUCACAAACCUACACUUUGAACACGUCCCAAUUACUUCUAGAGUGUUCUUCGGAGAACCGGGUCCCUGGUUCAAUGGACUGGAUAUGGAUGGGGAUAAAACGUCAGUUUUCCAUGAUGUAGAUGGUUCUGUAUCUGAAUAUCCUGGGUCCUAUAUCAUCAAGGAAGAUAACUGGCUGAUCAAACAUCCAGAUUGCAUUGAUGUUCCAGACUGGAGGGGCUCUAUCUGUAGUGGACAGUAUGCACAGGUGUACAUCCAAGCCUACCGAUCAUCGAAUCUGCAAAUGAAGAUAAUCAAAAAUGACCUCUAUACCCAUCCCCUGUACUUGGAAGGAGCUCUGAGCAAGAGCACCCACUACCAGCAAUAUCAGCCCGUGAUAACUCUACAGAAAGGCUACACUAUCCACUGGGACAAGACGGCUCCUGAGGAAUUGGUUCUUUGGCUGAUUAACUUCAACAAGAACAACUGGAUCCAGAUUGGGCUUUGUUAUCCAAAAGGGACAACAUUUUCCAUUCUCUCAGACAUCCACCAUCGCCUUUUGAAGAAAACGGAAAAGACUGGAGUUUUCUACCCGUCUCCUCAAAUGGACAGACUUGAGUACCGAUACCCUACCAAAGGAUACUACUAUUGGGAUGAAGACACUGGAUUGUUGUUUCUCAAGCUAAAAGCUCAGCAUGAGAAAGAGCCAUUUGCCUUCUGUUCCAUCAAAGGCUGCGAGAGAAUUCGGAUCAAAGCUAACCUCCCCAAGAAAGCAUCGAUCAGCGACUGCCAAGCUAAGGCCUAUCCGAAGUACGCAGAGAAACCUUCGGUGGACGUGCCAAUGCCCAAAAAGCUGCCUGGCACAAAAGAGGACCAUUUCGUGGAGCUGAAGGUGGAAAGCUACAAGACCAGAUACUUGCAUCUUAAGAGUGACUUUGCUUAUAUCUCAGUUGAUGGCAAAAAGUUCUCACUCUCUGAAGACGGUAUCCUAGUGGUUGUGGUGGACGGGCACCAUGGGAAAGUGGUUGACCAAAUGAGUUUCAGGAACGCUAUCCUCCAAGGAAUCCCAGGACAAAUAGAUAAUUAUGUUAGCAACCUCGAGGACAACUCUAUUGUGGUGAUGAUGUCUAAAGGACGGUACAUUGCAAAGGGCCCUUGGACAAAAGCCUUGGAGAAGCUUGGAGCACAGAGAGGCAUUAAGUUGAAAGACAAAAUGGCUUUUCUGGGCUACAAGGGCAGCUUCCAGCCCUUCUGGGUCCGACUGAGCACCCAUGAUGAGGCAGUGAAGAUCUUCCAAGCUCUACCAGUACCUGUGAUGAAGAAGAUGAAGCUGUGAAGGCCAUGGGUGGCCAUUAUUAUCACAGCCUUAACUGCAAAAGGACUGCUUUUGGCUAGUGGCUGACCUGAGAUGUAGUAUUUUUUUGUUGCUGUACAUUAACAAAAAAAACUCCCCGAACUUAUUGUGAAUGUGUGCAGUGGCCACAUAAGACAACCGACAUUCCUUGGGCAGGCGAGGUCCAGUUCUCGUGACUCGCUUAGUGGCCGGAAGAUUGUUGCCUGUUUCCCACAAGCACACUUUGGGGGGAGAAAUGUUUACGACUCCCCAGUGCCACGUGACUUCUCAGGUAGUGAAAUCGAGUUCUCUAAUGGAUAGGACGAAGAGCUAACUUCCCAACAGGGUGGCCGUGCUUAGCACAUCAAAAAGUGUUCCUUUUUUAAUGUUCUGACAGCCAAGGUGGGAAGGUGAAAUUGUAAACUGAUACUCUGUGGGAAUUCAAAUGUGCAAAGCUAUAACAUUGGUCUUAAACAGCUUGGGAAGAAAUUGUCAUGCUAGACCUUGUCAGUGUCUCUCUUCUCCUAACUUCCUCGGGUUGGUCUCACGUGUGGACCGGACUGCUUGAAGGAACUGCGGAUGCAGAGGGCAGAAGGACGAUGAGCCAGGAGAUCUCACCUAAAUCCUAUUUCUGCCCACAGAGAAAUAAUCAGCUAAGCUACUGUACUAGGGGUUGUUUUUGAAGCUCUAGCAAGGAAAUCAAACCAGCAAAGCCAUCUUUAUAAGCCAGUGAUAGCUGUUACUUGUUGCCAGGGAGCAUAGAGCAAUGGCCAUGAAAAUACUAACUGCUCCUCCGCUGAAAGCAGUUUUGCUAGCAUCAGAGAGGAACCUUUCUUAAAAAACAGACAGGAUAUUCAUCACUGGGGAAAAAAAGCCAUGCAGGGAAAUUAGUCCCAUCACAUUCUGCCUGGUGUGGACAACAUCUAACUAGACCAGACAGCAGCCUCCAUCGAAGGCUAUCCACUUGGAAAGUUGUAAAAAAAUAUUAUAUGGAUGUAGCCUCUGUAUGUGUGCCCCUCUGCAAUUACUGGGGCGAUUGAACUCAAGCGCAGACGUCCUCUGCCAGUCACUAUUCACUAUCUGUGAAUCGCCCUUUUCUACCAUUGUAAUGUAGCCAGCUGUUUCCCCUUGUUCCUACCUACGUGAUCUUGUUUUGUUCAUACGUCAGUCCAGAUAUUUUACCCGAAAUAGCUGGUCCUUUUUCGGAACUAGAUGUACAGUGUUUUGUAUAUAUUCCAGAAGUUCCCAGUGGUGGAAGUAAAAGAUCUAUUUUCUAUUUAUUUAUUGCCAAGGCACUACGAGAAUUUAAGCUGAAUGAGUUGUUCGUGGGUUGAAGUGACUCAGGAACACAUUUCUUCAGAUAAUCUGCUUUGCACUUGAAAAUUCUUAAAAACUGCAGAAUGUAGUAUUCUACCGGCAGCCUGUUUUAUGACGAUCAAAACUCUUGGAAUGUUCCUUCAAAAUGUUUUUGCUUACCGACUUAGUAUUUAGUUGUUUUGGAAUACACUACAUUUAUUGGAAUAAAAUUUCAAUGCAACUUUACAA